AUAAGUCGGUGGCUUCGCGCCUCGAGCUCCUCCCUCCAUACCGUUGGGAAAGGAAGGGAGUGUUUUGGCGCCCAAACAGAGUUCCUAGGAGCACCUUCCUAGGGUUUCUGCCGGAGCGAGGGAGAGCCACGGCCAAUGGGGUGGCAUUGCCUUAAUCCGAGCACCUGAUGACGGAAGGGGCGUCGCCGGCACUAUGAAUCUCCAGAAAUCCGUUUUCUCGAGGCUCUGCAACCAAGCGUGGUGCCUAUGGCCGCGCCGCAUCUCGGCGAGCGCCCGGUUAAGUUCCACGAAGGCGAAGCGGAGGCGUGAACCACGUGCUGCAGCCCGUGAGGUGAAAUCACCGGCCGCAGAUACCCAGUCGUCGAGUAACGGGAAGGACGACGCGUUUUAUGUCGUGCAGAAGGGUGGGAUUACGGGGGUAUACAAGAACUUCGAGGAUUGCCGCUCUAUGGUCAGUGAUCCAGCUUGCAGUGUUUACAAGGGUCGUUCACUAGAAAAGAAGGCAGAGGAAUUGCUUGCUAGUCUUGGAAUGAAAAAUGCAUUGUAUUCCAUCAGUUCCAUGGAUCUUCUGGUCAACUUCUUUGGUGCUCUUGAACGUUAUCGUGGUGCGGAACAUACUGCUCCAGUGGAGCUCAAACCUGAUUCUUCACCUCCAUUGGCUGAACAUGAGCAUGCAUUUCAGUCAACUGCUGUUCUGGAGUUUGAUGGUUCAUCAAAGGGAAAUCCUGGAGUAGGUGGUGCAGGUGCUAUUUUAAGAUCUGCCGAUGGAAAAGUGAUUUACAGAUUGCGUGAAGGUUUAGGAAUUGUGACCAACAACGUUGCAGAAUACAAAGCUGUUAUUUUAGGCUUGAGGUUUGCUCUUAAGCAAGGCAUCAGUCAGAUUCGGAUUCAAGGAGAUUCCAAACUUGUUUGUAUGCAGAUACAAAAUUUAUGGAAAGCAAAGACCAAACACGUUGUUGAUUUGAGCAAUGAAGCCAAGGAGUUGAAGGAAAAAUUCUCAUCCUUCGAAGUUAAUUUUGUUAAAAGAGCUCUGAAUACUGAAGCUGAUUCUCUUGCAAAUUCUGCUGCCAAACUUCAAAGUGGCGAGGUUGAUGUAUGGCACAAUCAAAUGACAGACCCAUUGUAGAAAUUCUCGAGAGCAUUUUACAUGUACAACAAUGGUUAGAGGCACUCCUCGUCUUCAGAUUGCCUUCUAGAGCAAGGCAGCCCUCCGUUUUUGUAUUAUUCCGUGUUGCGAUGUUCUAUUUUUGAGUUAGAACAUGGUAACCGCCUCUAAUAAUGGGCCAUAUCUUCUGAGGCCUCCAGUUGGUAACCGUUGAGGAGUUCCCCGCAUAGGGGCAACAAUAUGGUCUUGUAUGCCACCGACUGUUUAAUUGAUUCAAUGAAUUGUAUGCCCUGUUGCUGGGCUGUAGUUGGUAAACGGUUGAGAGUUUGUAAUUUUUCAGCUCCUAUGUUCUCAGAA